CUCGAUCCACACGUUUAUAGCACGUCAGAAGUCGAACCCCAGAUAUAUACGGAGACAUAGGACUAAACGAUGGCAAGCAUAUCCCAGGCUGCUAAAGACGCCAAUGAAGCAGUCGACCAGCUGGCUAUGGCAUUGCGACCCCAAGAUACGCCUGCUGUGCAUCGCAUCCCCGUCGAGCUCUUAGCAGAGAUUUUCUCGCGAAGUCUCGAGCGCGACGUCAAGCCCACGCGCGGCCGCCCUAUGUGCGACGUUCUGCCAUACUUCCUCAGCCCCUCACGCGUGGAAGUCGACCCGCUCGGCUCGCCCAACAUCGCUCAGGUUUGCGCCAGGUGGCGAGAAGUCGCGCUCAACGUACCAAAACUGUGGACCCAUGUCAAGAUCGACGCCGUCAGUGACCAAGAUGUGCUGACGACCUCCCUCCCUCUCCCCGUCGUGCCGAUGCAGAGAGCAGCGCCAUUUCCCACGUUUAUUACUCUUGAUCUCAGCAACUACACGAAACUGAAACGGGACCCGAACGCUACUGAUUUCCUGCCGGAAAACGCACUGUGCAGCGGCGUGACGGGCAUCGAUGUCGAAGGGUCGUCCGCUUUUGACAACUCUACGCUUUGCCAGUGGAUGUCCCAAUUCCCCAAUCUCACCCAUCUGACUCUGAUCAGACUCACAUUGUGGUCACACCAGAGCCCCGUUGCAUGUCUCGACCGCUUGACGCACCUCCAUGUGCACCACCCUGAGGCUUCGAAUGAAAUAGAAAACUUCAUCGUCUAUGCAAACGGGUGGCAGAACCUGCGGUGCCUGGUCCUCGACCAUCCCCUCUUAUGGCUCGAAGAGGAACUCCUCCCGGUCCUAUCCACCACCGCCCCAAAUCUCUCCGAGAUCUUCAUAGUGGCGAAACACCUUACAUCGACCGCACGGCGCAGGCAAGCCACGAUGACGCAUCUCCGAACGUUUGCUAUCUCUGGCUACGUAUACGAGGAAGCAGGCGAGACGGAACUCGGCCCCCUCUUCAACUCGCUCACUUUCCCGGUGCUCACUGAUCUCGUUGUCACCGGUCCGCGUGCGGGAAACAUCAGUUUCUUGCGUCGCUUUGUCAGUCGCUCGGGAUGCGCCCUAUCGAGCCUGACGUUCCUCCCAGACGUGGGACCGGACCCGUCGGAGUCGGAGUCAGAGGAGUCGGAGUCGGAGGUCGUUGAGCCACAGGAGACCCCGAUCCACCGAGCGGCUCUUAGCUUAGGGAAGGAGCUACGUAUACCGGCUAUAGGCUUCGCGGAGAGCAUGGAGGAGACCAAGGUGUAUCGUGAUGUUAAGCAAAGGUGGUACAGUUUGGAUUUGUCUUAAGUGAAGGCAGUGGCAGAAUUUCCGUAAGGCCAUCAUUUAGCUGUAAUGUAGAUGUUGUACAACUUCAGUGUACCUUGUACUAUUCAAUAAACUUUG